AUGAGGCUCCCAAGCAAGGAUUCUGGUGACCAAUAUGGUAUAGUGAUAGAUGCUGGAUCGUCAGGAUCACGUAUCCAGAUCUACAAGUGGCAGAAUGCCGACUCUGCCAUGAAAGGUGCCAAAGAAGAAGUGGUAUCGUCACCACCUAAAAUCGUCCAAGAGAAAGGAUGGUCCCGAAAAACCAGUCCAGGUAUAUCCACAUUUGGUGGUAAGAGAGUAGACAAAAUCUGGGAUGAUCACUUUGAAGAUCUUAUGGAACACGCCGAAUCAAUCAUACCAGCCGAUAAGCAUCAAGAUACCCCAGUUUUCGUUUUAGCAACUGCGGGAAUGCGUUUAUUGAAGAGCUCAGACCAGAAAAAAAUCUUGAAAAAAACCUGUAGUGUGUUACGGAAGAAGACAAAGUUUAGUAUUCCCAAUUGCAGUGAAAACGUUCAAAUCAUAGAUGGAGAAACUGAAGGUAUCUACGGCUGGCUCGCAUUGAAUUAUUUGAUGGGUCAGUUUUCAAAUUACUCGCCAGGCAGCGAGGUCCACGAGUCAAUUGGGUUUAUGGAUAUGGGUGGCGCCUCUACCCAAAUUGCUUUCGUUCCUUCUUCUGCUGAGGAAAUAAAAAAACACGACGAAGACUUGUCCACUGUAACGCUUAGAAACAUUAAUGGAGUUACUCAGGAAUGGAAACUUUUUGUUCAAACCUGGCUCGGAUUUGGAGCCAAUGAGGCUCGCAAGCGAUACUUGAAUCAGCUUAUCAACCUUGCAUUGGUGAAUUCCGACUUGAAAAAUGUCAUCAAUGAUCCUUGUAUGCCAAAGGGCGCAGAGCUCAAGUAUAACGUUAAGGAGGGAAAAUAUACCAUUAAAGGAACUGGAAACUACGAAGUUUGCCUCAAGACAAUUUACCCGCUUCUUCAAAAAAAUAUACCUUGUCCUGAAGAACCCUGUUUGUUCAAUGGAGUUCACGGUCCGAAACUCAAUUUUGAAAGAGACAAAUUUGUCGGUAUUUCUGAAUACUGGUAUACUGCAAAUGAUGUGUUUCAAAGUGGAGGAGAGUACAACUACCACAGUUUCAACGAAAAGGUUAAAGAGUACUGUGAGAGUAACUGGAAGGAUAUCUUGAAGAAUUCAGAAACUGGCAAAUAUUCCAAUCUUGACCCAGAAAAGUUUUUGAAAGAUGCAUGUUUUAAAGCUAGCUGGGUUUUAGACAUUUUGCACGAAGGGUUUGAACUUCCGAGAUUAGGGUUGGAGACUUCUGGCGAUAGCAACGAGAAGGACAAAGAGACGAUGGAUAAGAUUGAAAAAACACAUGUUCCUUUCAAGUCAGCAGACUCCAUUAACGGAGAGGAACUUUCAUGGACAUUAGGAAAAGUUCUCUUGUACGCAUCGUCCAGAAUACAACCAGAUAGUCAAGAUGCACCAACAAUUGGGAUCAAGCCUAGUGACCUUUCAGGCAAAGCGUUCAUAGCCGCGGGCUCCAUUCCUAAAAGUUUCAAGACCCCUCAAGACACAGAAAAGGAUGAACAUUUUGGCAUGUGGCAUGUUUUCUCUCUCAUCAUUUUCUUCGCUCUCGUAUACGUCAUUGGUGGAGCAAAAUUAAGACAUUUAUUCGGUACCAAAAUCGUCCCCAUUCCUGGCUACCUUCAAUUGAAGAGAAAGUUUCAAGAUUCGGUACCACAUUAUUCAUUUUUACAUUCCUUAUUUCCUCAGACUGCUUCACGACGUCCCAAUGAUAUCGAAAUAGACUUGGAAGAGGGUUUAGUCUCUCAGUCUCCUUCCAUGCCGUCUACACCAGCACUUUCAGUACUUCGAACAAGAUCUAAUAUUAACCUCGUUGAGGACCCUGAGACUUCACCGGUAGAAGGUGGACAAAGAACAUACAACAAUUUUAUCAACAAACCAUUCGUUGUGCCUAAGAAGAGUCCCUACGGUUUUUCCUAUUCGAUAGGCGAUAACUCAAGCAGAGAAAAACUUUCUCGAACUAUGAGCGAUACUUCCGUUGCGCGAGCCAAAAAGUAG